AUGCCUCUCCCCCACCUGCCAUGCCUCUCCCCCACCUGCCAUGCCUCUCCCCCACCUGCCAUGCCUCUCCCCCACCUGCCAUGCCUCUCCUUCACCUGCCAUGCCUCUCCCCCACCUGCCAUGCCUCUCCUCCACAUGCCAUGCCUCUCCCCCACCUGCCAUGCCUCUCCUUCACCUGCCAUGCCUCUCCCCCACCUGCCAUGCCUCUCCUUCACCUGCCAUGCCUCUCCCCCACCUGCCAUGCCUCUCCUCCACCUGCCAUGCCUCUCCCCCACCUGCCAUGCCUCUCCCCCACCUGCCAUACUUCUCCCCCACCUGCCAUGCCUCUCCCCCACCUGCCAUGCCUCUCCCCCACCUGCCAUGCCUCUCCUCCACCUGCCAUGCCUCUCCCCCACCUGCCAUGCCUCUCCCCCACCUGCCAUGCCUCUCCCCCACCUGCCAUGCCUCUCCCCCACCUGCCAUGCCUCUCCCCCACCCCACCUGCCAUGCCUCUCCCCCACCUGCCAUGCCUCUCCCCCACCUGCCAUGCCUCUCCCCCACCUGCCAUGCCUCUCCCCCACCUGCCAUGCCUCUCCCCCACCUGCCAUGCCUCUCCCCCACCUGCCAUGCCUCUCCUCCACCUGCCAUGCCUCUCCCCCACCUGCCAUGCCUCUCCCCCACCUGCCAUGCCUCUCCCCCACCUGCCAUGCCUCUCCCCCACCUGCCAUGCCUCUCCUUCACCUGCCAUGCCUCUCCCCCACCUGCCAUGCCUCUCCUCCACCUGCCAUGCCUCUCCCCCACCUGCCAUGCCUCUCCCCCACCUGCCAUGCCUCUCCCCCACCUGCCAUGCCUCUCCCCCACCUGCCAUGCCUCUCCUUCACCUGCCAUGCCUCUCCCCCACCUGCCAUGCCUCUCCUCCACCUGCCAUGCCUCUCCCCCACCUGCCAUGCCUCUCCCCCACCUGCCAUGCCUCUCCUUCACCUUCCAUGCCUCUCCUUCACCUUCCAUGCCUCUCCCCCACCUGCCAUGCCUCUCCUUCACCUGCCAUGCCUCUCCCCCACCUGCCAUGCCUCUCCCCCACCUGCCAUGCCUCUCCCCCACCUGCCAUGCCUCUCCCCCACCUGCCAUGCCUCUCCCCCACCUGCCAUGCCUCUCCCCCACCUGCCAUGCCUCUCCCCCACCUGCCAUGCCUCUCCUUCACCUGCCAUGCCUCUCCCCCACCUGCCAUGCCUCUCCUCCACCUGCCAUGCCUCUCCCCCACCUGCCAUGCCUCUCCCCCACCUGCCAUGCCUCUCCUCCACCUGCCAUGCCUCUCCUUCACCUUCCAUGCCUCUCCUUCACCUGCCAUGCCUCUCCCCCACCUGCCAUGCCUCUCCUCCACCUGCCAUGCCUCUCCUUCACCUGCCAUGCCUCUCCUUCACCUUCCAUGCCUCUCCCCCACCUGCCAUGCCUCUCCUCCACAUGCCAUACUUCUCCUUCACCUGCCAUGCCUCUCCUUCACCUGCCAUGCCUCUCCCCCACCUGCCAUGCCUCUCCUCCACCUGCCAUGCCUCUCCUUCACCUGCCAUGCCUCUCCUUCACCUUCCAUGCCUCUCCCCCACCUGCCAUGCCUCUCCUCCACAUGCCAUACUUCUCCUUCACCUGCCAUGCCUCUCCUUCACCUUCCAUGCCUCUCCCCCACCUGCCAUGCCUCUCCUCCACCUGCCAUGCCUCUCCUUCACCUGCCAUGCCUCUCCUCCACCUGCCAUGCCUCUCCUUCACCUGCCAUGA